UUUUCUGGCUAGAUCUAACAUGAAAACAAUUCUGCUGUUCCAAACUUGGAGGCUUGUCAACGUACUUGGUGUGGACUGUCAUCAAUCGGAAAAACGAAGGUACAAAAAAAAAAGAAGCAGACAAUUGGGAAUCACAUGCAUGGUGUGAUAUAAAUGGAUUGGACUGUAUGUUCUUGAUCAAAAAAGUGAAACAUACCAAAAAUGUGGAUUUUGAAAGAACAAAGUGGUCGAGGAAAUUGUUUUCGAUUGCUUUCUGGAAAAACCUAUACUAUAGGUUUUGAUGGUAGCAAUCAUUUCAUCCUUCCUGAAGGUAAUGGCAUCAGCUGGAAACAUGCAAUGUUUAUAUGUGAAGACGAAGGAAAGCUUGAAGGUGCUGCAGUAAGGGCUGAAGUAAUAUUACGGGAUAUGUCAAAGUAUGGCACAACAGUUGGAAGUAACUUUCUACAAAAUAGUUCAGUAAUUUUAAAUGAGGGUGACACUAUACAGCUAGGAAUGCAAAGCUAUACAUUUAGAUUUGAAAUAGCUCGCCAUGUAGUCACAUCAUGUAUUACGGAUCCACAUUUGUUAAACAAGUUGAAAGAAAAUCUUCUUUUAAUAGGAGGCACUUAUGUUGAUCGUUGGUCACAGAAUGUUACCCAUUUGGUUAUGAGCAAGAUUAAUUUAAAACUAAAACUCACUUGUGCACUGGCAUCAGGAGUACCAAUAGUCACACCAGAAUUUUUUAAUGAUGUCAUUUCCAUUGACAGUCAAUAUCCUGCUAAGAAAAGCUAUCUUCCACCCAUUGCUGUAAAAGAGUUUGAAGAUCAAGAAUUUUUAUUCCAUGUCAACACAGAUCGUAUGAAAUUGUUGCAUAGGAAAACGUUUGUUUCCCUUUCAAAGGGACAGUUUGACUACAUCAAACCAGCCAUUCAAUCUGCUGCAGGAGAGAUUUACAUUAUGCAACAAUUUGAUACACAUAUACUGAAUUGUCUAACAUCAAAGAAAAUGAUUGUGUUGGAAUUAACAACUAUGGAUCGAAAGAACGAGACACAAGAAGAAAAGGAGUGGAGAGCGACAGUAGAAGAUGCGGUAAAAAAGUCUCGUAUCCGAAUGAUACCAGAAUCUGAAGUUUGUAAAGCUGUUAUCACAAACAGUCUGGAAAAAUACUGCAAUCCUAGCUUUAGCAGCAGUCUGGAUGUGAGUUCCCGCACGGUUGAAAACAAUAGCCCGGGUUCACAUGGUAACCCGGACGUAAGAAAAAAACUAAUUCCGGUAACAGUUAAAGGAGAAGAAAAGAAAUCUUACGAUGUGAAAGUUAUAUUUAAAGAUGGGAUAAGUAACAAGAAUGGAAAGAAAAUUCUGAAGGGUGUGCUUGGAAAAAAAGAAUAUACUUUGACAAGUAACGAAAGAUUCACUUUAGUUCAUAUGUCAAAAAGGAAAGAUGCAAAAUCCGUCUCAUAUGCGCUGAGCAAAGACAGAAGAAUAAAGAAAGCGUUUUUUGUUGAGGCGUCCGAUGAUGAGAAAGGUUGCACUGAUUUGAGUAAUAGAGAUAUUGUGAAGGCGGCCAAUUUUGUGAAAAGUUGCACUGAUUUGCGUAAUGCAGGUAUUGUAAAGGCGUCCAAUGUUGGGAAAAGUUGGACUGACUUGCGUAAUGCAGGUGUUAAAAAAAAUGAUGAACAGCAUCGGACGGCGCAAAACAAAGUUGACCACCUUUGGAAGCAAAUAAUUCAACAAGUGGACGAUGCUUCGGCGCAACACGAGCAAAAGUUGGAACAGGCAAAAGAAGAGUUACGGCAAGUAGAGGAGAGAAAGAAAAUGAAUAACCAAACACUUGAUCAACUAACGUCUACGUUACAGCUAGUUACUGCAAAAGAAAAAGUUGUUAAGGAGCUAACUGAUCAAAAGUUAGAAUUUUUUGAUAACGUUAAAAUGAUUCAAGAUGUGUUUCUUCGCGUACCCGAACCUGUCACAAAGUUAAAACAAUUGCAAGAAUUGGCCUUGAAUGUCAGCCUAGAGUGUCAACGCUUAAAUGCGGCGUUACCUAUCUAUUCUAAAAGAUCCGAAAUCAUUAGAAAUAUAAGCAAUCAUCAAGUGACGAUUCUAACGGCCGAAACCGGGUCGGGUAAAAGCACACAAGUUGUGCAGUACCUUUACCAAGUUGGCUACGCUACAAGUGGCGUGAUUGUGUGCACACAACCUCGCAAAGUGGCGGCGUUAAGCUUGGCUAAACGUGUUGCAGACGAAAUGAAAACAAACGUUGGAGAAAGGGUUGGCUACUCUGUUGGCACGAGUAAAAAGAAAGGACAGACAACUUCCAUCCUGUUUAUGACGGAUCAGGUAUUACUCAAUGAAUGUCUUAGAGAUCGCAGACUUACGAAGUACAAAUGUAUUGUUAUUGAUGAAGCACAUGAACGAAGUAUCGCCACAGACCUCUUACUUGCAAUGAUCAAACAAGCGUUAAAGGAAAGACCGGAGUUGCGAUUAAUCAUUUCGUCAGCCACCAUAGAUCCUACCGUUUUUGAGCAUUACUUUCAAGGGAUGGCUUCGAGAAUUCACGUAGCAGGCCGCACGUUUCCGGUUGGGGUUUAUUGGGAGCAGGUGAACAAACGACAUAGCUAUUUGGAGGCGGCCGUAGAGAAAGCGAAGCAGGUCCACCAGGAGGAGCACGCUGGUGAUAUACUUGUGUUUUUAACAACACCAUUGGAAACUGAGAAAGCACAAGAGAGACUGAGCAACGAUCGAAAUUUACAAAAUAAAACUUCCUGUUUGGUGCUACAUGGAAGACUGAAGCAAGAAGAACAACAACUGGUCUUCGAUCCAGCCCCGGAUGGCAAACGAAAAAUUGUGUUUGCAACAAACAGUGCUGAGACAUCUAUAACCAUUCCUGGUAUUCGUUACGUAAUAGACACCGGCAUGGUCAAAGAGAAGCAUUUCGAUGCGAAGAAAAAUUCAAGUUCUUUAAGAAUUGGCCCAAUCUCGAAAAGUUCUGCUGAACAGAGGAUGGGACGCGCAGGGCGUACCCAGGAAGGUAAAUGCUACAGACUGUACACUGAGGAUGAAUUCGAUGAGAUGGAAGAUAUAAUGCUACCAGAAAUCCUGCGAGAAAAUCUCGGUCUAGCAUUGUUGAAGUUAUUUCAAUUUGGUGUGGAAGAUCCUCUGCAUUACGACUUUGUUGAAUCGCCGCCCAAACACGCCCUAGAGUCGGCUUUGAAGGAACUGAUAAAGUUAGAUGCCGUGAGAGGUAAUUGCUUGACAGAAACGGGGGAAAAAAUGGCUGCCCUUUCCAUCGAACCAAAGUUAGCUAAGUUUGUCACGUUGGGUAUCGAAGGCGAUUUCCCGUUGGAAGCAGUGAUCAUCGCAGCCAUUUGUUCCGUGGGUGGUAAUGUUUUCUUUCGUGCUGGAUCUGACGAGGAGAAACAGAUUGCUGAUCGCUUGAAGACGAGGUUCUGCAGCAGUUUCGGUGACGUUUUAACCUUGUUGGAAGUGUAUAAAGAAUGGUUAAGUAUAGACGAUCGCAGCAAAAAUAAAUGGUGUACGACGAACAGUAUGAACGCAAAAACAUUACGUUUUACUCGUGAACUAGUCAACGAGAUGAGAAGCAGCCUGAGCAAACUUUGUGACAUCAAGUUUGGCGAUGAUUUUAACGAUAUGUCUCUCGUAAGUAAAAAGGUGCCGAAAAUGCUGUUUCGAUGUUUCAAGAGAAAUCUUGCCUAUUAUUCUGGUCAUCAGCGAGGAGGAUACUAUCGGUUAGGUGAUACCGAGGAACCCUACUUUAUACAUCCUUCGUCUGCCUUGUCCUUCUUGACAAUGACACCGGGUUGGGUGUUAUUCGAGGAGGUUUUGACCACGUCUCGCCCCUACCUGCUCAACGUGACUGCUAUUCCAGAGGAAAUUAGUAAUAGUCUUGUGGGACGUGACGAAGAGAGCGUAGUUACCGCUGUGUGUCGGAAAAUAGUCGGGAAAGAAACAGCUAUGCGGUUAGGACUUGGCAGGUACAAUGGUAGACUGGAAGUGAGUAUGCAGAAAUUACUUCAUCAAAAAGUUUUUAUCGAUCUGGACGAGAACAUUGGAGAAGCGACGCUAUACACUGUUCGAUCUAUUGCUAACGAAGCUAUUGAACGCUUCGACGAAGCCAUCAGUAAGGAGAUGAAACGUGGACGAAUUAAAAUAAUGGAGGUACCAAUUAGCGAUGGGAACCCUUACAGUUUAAUCAUCGGAGAAGGCGGACAGUCCAAAAACUUGCUGUCACAAGCCGAAUACACAUCUGUUUUAUUUGGAAAUGUAAAAAUAAAAGGCGAAAAUCAAGUCAAAACUGUCGAAAAGAUUUUCGCUAGAUUCGGUGAGGUAUCUGACGUAAUAAAAUUUAAGGACGGCUCCUUUUUAUGGGGUAAGAUAGUUUUUACACGGCCCACAGAUGCACAAGACGCUGUAUGCAACAAGGCAGCGUUGGAUGACUUAGAAAAGAUGGACACCGAUAAAAGAAUUGAGGUGAAACCUGACCUGAAAAAUAAACUACAGGCGGUGACUUCUCAAGCCCUAAAAAUACGAGCUAAUUGGACACGAAGACAGGGUAAAGGGUAUGGUUUUCUUUCAUUUGACAAUGACGAGCAUAGAAGAGAUUUACUUAGACAUCGUUCUCUACUUGUUGGGAAUACGUUGUACCGUUUUAAGGGGAGUAAUAAAAAUCUCAAUGAAGUUCAUGUAACUGGGAUCGAUCGUUUUUACAGUAAUGAUCAAGUCAAAUCUGCUAUCGCAGGUUAUUUACCCAAUGUUAAAAUCACUAAAUGUGUGAUUCCUAGACAGGAGAGUGAGAUCGAAACACCUGAGGUUAUUUCCGCGCUGCAGAGGCAGUUAACAAUGAAAAUCAAACAAGCUUUGGAUAUGGAGGAUAGUGGAAAAGAAGCUUUAAAAGUCACGGUGUUACCUACAAAGAACCAGAAGGACUAUGAUUUCAGAAGUCUGCUGUGCUUUCAAAAGGUCACCACAGGCCAGAAGUUACUCCGCACCAAUAUAACCAUGGGACAGGCCAUGGUUCGCUUUACUCCUGAACUUCAAAGCACUGUAUGCAUCAAAGAACGCAUGUACCGCUUGUUUCAAGAGGAUAUUAAAACAUUCCAAAUGAAUGCCGAAGGUUAUGAAGUUAAAAUUGCAGAAAAAACAGUCCGUCGUGAAAAGUUUUUUGAAAUUGCGAUCUCUUCGAAAGAUAUGGAAAACCUCUCUGUGGCACGCCAGCGGCUUUAUGAUACUACUCGUGGUAUAAAUAUGCAAUGUACGGAAGGAUUGUUCCGGUUUUACUUGACACCGAUGGGUCGUCAAUUUAUCGAUGAUGUCAAAAAGAGUAUCGACUGCAUUAUCGAGAUUGAUCGACGAAGCAAAUGUAUAAUUGGCUACGUUCGAAAAGAUUUUUCCGAGGGAUUCCAGUCGUUGUUCGAGAAGCAGAAGGCAAAUGUUAAUAAAGACGAAGAAAUUUUUACUAUAUAUUUGACCAAGGAAAAAUAUCCGAGAGGUUUUAUUAAGCGCUUGCUUGAGAAGUUCGGUGUGGACUUCAAGCAGCUUUAUGACAAAUCGAAAGCGAAUUAUAUUGAAAUGAAUUUUCUGAGACAUACCUUAGAAAUUUUCGGCAAACAGAGAAGCAUCGACAUUUGCAGCGACAUGAUACAGAAACUUGUUUCGGAAGUAAGCGAGGCAAACAUAGUGGUAGACGAGACGAAAACAUGUCCGAUAUGUUUCGACAGCUUGAGCUCAAGGAGUCACCAACUGGAAAGCUGUGGUCACUCUUACUGUAAAGAAUGCAUUGCCAACAUGUGUAAGCACGCAGUAAAGAAUAACAACCUACCUAUCGGUUGCGCUGCUGAAGAUGGGUGUGAUGAUCUUGUCAGUAUUGCUGACAUCAGCAAAUUUGUCGAGACGAAAGUUCUCGUCGCAGCCGCGCUGGAUAAAAUGAUCGUAGAUAAUAAAAGCGAAUAUGCUUAUUGUGUUACACCGAACUGCUGUAUGAUCUACAGGAAAAGCGAAAUACCUGACGAAGAACCAUUUCAAUGUCCCAUUUGCCAACAGCUUAUUUGUACAUUUUGUUCCGUUGAAUAUCACACAAAUAUAUCCUGUGCAAAACACAAAAGAGGAGGAGAGGAGGAUGACGAUAGUAUUCAAAUAUGGCUGUCGGAGCCUGGUAAGGAUAGAGGCAUUUGUCCGAAAUGUACGGCUCCGAUUGAAAGAUACGAUGGUUGUCUACAUAUCACGUGUUCUAAAUGUAAAAAACACGUGUGUUGGAGAUGCAAGAAAGCAUACUUUGAUCGUGCAGAGCAUUGCUACGAUCAUAUUUGCAACUGUUCAGGAAUUCUUAAUAACUCGUGAUAUUCAGAUUAUAAAGUGAUAAAAGAACUGAAAUGACGGCGGGUUUUGGUGCUUCAUGCAUGACGAUGGACUGUGGCGAUGAGGGCAGGUUUUGGUGCUUCAUGCAUGACGAUGGACUGUGGCGAUGAGGGCAGGUUUUGGUGCUUCAUGCACGACGAUGAACUGUGACGAUAAAAGGCGGAUUAUGGUGCUUUAUGCACAUAGGUAACUAUCUUUUAAUUCAUCUUUACCUUAAUGUGGGACACCCAUCUAUGGACCAUACCAAGAGCGUUUAAAGCCUUUAUAGAUAGUGAAGCAGAAAACCUGCGAACUUUGUCAGAAAUUGAAUCGCAAAAUUAAAUACCGAACGAAUAUUACCCAAAGCUAAUUAAGAGUGUAUCCCCCUUAAUUUUUUCUUUGUAAAAAAAAUAUUUUACUUCCAAAUUUGUGAAUUUUUAUUAACCAGCUUUACAUUUUAUUGUGACCUAAUAUUUUUAUUCUGUGAGAACAGCCCUGAUUAAUCGUCUCUUAGAUGGGAAUAUAUAAUGCCUCGUUGAGAACUUAUAGUUGUUUGUUUGUUGUUUUCUAUAUUUAACUCGAAAUCUUGUACUAAACCUUCAGACAAAACCAAAUAUUGAUAGUAAGUUAAAUACAGAGGAGUUAAUUUUCAUUAAUUUUUUUUUUAAAAUUUGCAGAUAUAAAAAUAAUAUGUAGGACAAAUAAUAUAUAUAUUGUUGUUAUGUGUUUCUUCAAAUGAUACAAUUUUGGAAGUUGAUUCCACGCGUUGAGUGCUUAGAUAAAGAUGAUUAUUGUUUUUUAAUGAAGUCACUUGAACUUUUUUUGCAUAGUAAAUGUUAUCCAAGCUUUUAGGGGCUAAAAAACGUUAUAAAAAUGUUAUAAAGUUAAUUUCAUUAGAAAAGGCGGGAAAAUGAUAAUCAUAAAAAAAACAAUCAUCAAGUUAGAGUUAUUCGUUCGAUGGUACGUUAAAAGAUUGAAAUCAAGUACACUUCUUUAUUAGCAACCUAGUUAAUAGGCUUCAAGCUUCGCAUCUAUUUUAAGGGCAGAAUCUUUCGCGGGCAGAAACUUGAUGACAGGCAUAUGCACCUUUUGUUCACAAGAUAUGCACAUUUAAAGAAUUUCAGAUUUAAUUAUGCUGCAUAAAUUAUGAUGUCAUAUUUAAACAAUGGUGGCGUAGUUGAAUUUUGCCCCUUUCUUUAGAUAAUUAACUCCUAUAGAUAAGGAGGUGUGGCACUCGAGGGCUAAAAUAUGCUGUUAUCAGCAGCAAAUAUCUGAGAAUCAUAAGGCAGAACCACAUAUUUUCAAAAUUACCCAGGGUUCCUCGACGUUGUCCAUCAAUUUGGCUAGCGCUGAAACUUGUGACCCAGACGCGGUUGGAAGCUAAGGGAUUGUAAGUUGGAACUAAAGACAUGUAAAGAAAUGCCAUGAGUAGUACAAGGGAAUGAAGAGGAAUUCUUAAGUAAUUUUUUUCAUUGGAUUUACAAGAAUUUGAGGUACCCCACAAUGAGAAGUAAAGAACAGAAACGCCUUUC